UGCUCUAUGUAGGCCUCCUCUUCGUCGACGGACGGAGGAGGGAAACGGGACAGGGUCGAGAACAUUGCGAAUGCGGGGAUGCUGCUGGGACUGCGGAGAAGUGCACGUGAUGCAACGCGACGCGCGAGCGGCAUGGUGUGUGCGCGUGCGAAAGAGAGCGUGUUUGAGAGAAGGAGAGGUAGGAAGCAGUCUGCAGAGAGAAACAGACUGGAAGAGAGCGAGGAAGAGCGAACAGAGAAGAACAGGAGCAGAGUCAUCAGCUUAAGUAGUGCUCGAUAGGCAAAUAGAGCGGUAAUUAACACGUGCGGGGAAUGACGUCGAUUUAAUUUUUAUUUAUUUCGCUUUAUAAUAUCCUUCUACUUGAAAUACUUUCGACAUCACCGCCUUAGAUGGCAAAUUGCAGUGCGUUCACAUUUGCCCAUCUUGACUCCCUCCAGCGAUACUCCGUCUCAAGUCCCCUACGCGCCAUCGCUCACGUCGAUCUCGACGCCUUCUACGCACAAUGCGAAACCGUUCGUCUCGGUCUCGAUCCUGAUGUACCUCUGGCCUGCCAACAAUGGCAGGGCUUAAUCGCCAUCAACUAUGCCGCUCGCAAAUUUGACAUCAAACGCCAUGAAACAGUCACCGAAGCCAAAAAGAAAUGCCCCGACCUUGUCCUAGCUCAUGUUGCAACCUGGAAGCAAGGCGACACCGAAUACAAGUACCACGAAGAUCCAGACGUCGCAACCCACAAAGUCUCCCUCGAUCAAUAUCGACACGAAAGUGAGCGCAUUUUCAGAAUAUUCUACGACUCAUGUGAUAAAGUUGAGCAUGCGGGUAUCGAUGAAGGAUUUCUUGAUCUCUCACGAAUGCUUUACAGCUGCGUUUUAGAUACAUAUCCUACCAUCCAUGCUCUACUCGAACUCAAGCGAGAAACAGGCCGCCUGUCUGACCAUAUGCCUUUACCUGAGCUCAAGGCUGGUGACCUAAAUUGGAAGGGCAAUCUUUUCCCGCAGUCGUCGGACGAUCAGACCGUUGACGACGACUCCGACAAAGAACGCCAGGUUGACUGGGAUGAAGUCUUGCUGAUGCACGCAAGUCACAUCGUGGCCGACGUUCGUGGAAAAGUACUUCAAGACCUGAAAUACACCUGUUCGGCGGGAAUUUCAACCAACAAGUUCCUCGCAAAGCUAUGCAGCGGGUAUCGAAAGCCAAAUCAACAAACUGUGCUGCGAGAGUCAAAGGUCGCGCAAUUUCUGUCUGAGCUUAGUUUUUCGAAAAUCCGCGGAUUGGGCGGAAAACUUGGGGAUUCGAUCGCGAAAACGUUCAACGUGCCAGAGGAAAACUCUGUGCCGUUUUUGCUUACGAUUCCAAAGUCUGAUCUCGUGCAUGCAUUGGACCUCGAGACUGGGAGCUGGUUCUACGAUAUCAUCAGAGGACGAGAUUACAGCGAGGUCAAUAGUGACCGGGUGGAGGCAAAGUCGAUGAUGUCGGCUAAGAAUUUCAGACCGUCGAUCAAUACUACGGAGCAAGGAGUACAGUGGAUCCAGACAUUUGUUGCCGACAUCUCGUUUCGAGUAGCGGAAGCCGUGCGCAAUACCUCAAACCUGAGAUUGCCAAAGACUGUCGUGAUCCACACCAGGCAUGCUAAUAACCUGUCGUUCUCGAAGCAGAUGCCAAUUCCACCUUGCACGCUGGAGUCUCUAUCGCAGACCCUGUACAACACCGGGGUCGCACUUUACAAGCAGAUCGAGAAGGAAAAAGCAAAGUCAAUGUAUCCGCUUCGGCAUAUGAGUUUCGUGGUGAAUGGCUUUGACUUAUCAGUCGCCAAAAAUCAAGCUAUCGACGCGUUCUUGGUCAGAAGCUCUAGUCCUGACCGUAACAAGAAACGGACACGAACAACUACAAAUGAGGGUCAGAAUAUUGUGGAAGUUCCACCAAAAAAGCAUCGCGGUGGAAUAAUGUCUUUUAUUACGAGUAGCAACAAACCGCAAGCGCCCCACUCCGAGCCGACACCUCGGUCGCGCUCGCGCUCGCCGUCGGCAACUCCACUUCAUUCACCUCCUCCUGUUCAAAAUGCCGAGGAGGACGAGGGCGACACGUUUGUAUGCGAAGUGUGCAAUAGCCGUAUAAAUAUAGCGGAAGUAGUGGAACAUCACGAUUGGCACUAUGCAGAUAAUCUGGCGCGGCAGCUACAGCAGGAGGAGUCUACGGGCGAUGGUGGGACUCAGAGUACAGAGAGGGGCAACAGUAAGCAUCAACAACAGCAGAGGAAGAAGAAGACGGUGAAGCUAGAGAAAGGACAGCGGAAAUUGUUCAGUAAAUAAUAAUGACAAUGUAAUUCCUAGACAAAAUGCAGAAUGUAAAAAGAAAAAUCGAAAUAAUUGGAAUCCCGUGCGGCUGCGGGGCUCUGGCAGAAGCCGAGCUGGUGCCUUCAAGAUCCGAGGAUGCCUUGUUCACCUCGGCGCCAUCCUCGCUUUCGUUCCAAAAUAUCUCUUCCUGUGAAUUUUUUCUCACUAAAAUUGGAUA